AUGUCAUCUCUAGUAGACUCCAUUUUCUACUCAGAUCUCCCCACCCCCGGGGACCCUGCAACUCCCCGACCACCGCCUAGACGUAGUGGUAAUGCAGGACGAUCAUCCUCUCGUGCGCCGGGCCCUACAAGUGAUGAUGGCGGAAUGGACAUCGAUCCUGAAGAUGAAGUGGUUGGAUCAAGAGAUCUUGCAGGGAGAGCAGGUCGUCCUCGAGCAGACUUGAGUGCUGUGCCAAAGGUAUCAGACGAAGCCGGGGACCAGAUCAUGAACGCAUUCGUUGGGUUUCUCGAAAAUUUUGUCGAGGACCCGGAGAAUCCACUCCCCCCGCAAUCGUCAGCUCCUUCUGGGACUGCACCACCGAGUACGGAUAAAUACUACAUUGCGGCAAUUCACAACAUGGCAGCGAUGGAUCUGAGUACUUUGUUUGUCGACUAUUCACAUUUGGAGUAUUGGAGUAAGACCAACGUGCGAGGUUUUGCUGAGGCAAUCACUGAGAGACAUUAUCGUUUCCUGCCGUUCUUGAGAAGAGGAUUGGAGGCGUGCAUCAGAAGACAUGAGCCGGAAUACUGGGGAAAGGCUGGAAGAGGCGUCGGUGGUAAUGAAGGGAUUGAUCCAGCUGCAGAUAAAGUUUUCUCAAUUGGAUUCCACAAUUUACCUCUUACAACCCGUAUCCGUUCGCUCCGCACUGCGCAGAUCGGAACUCUCACUUCUAUCUCUGCAACUGUUACUCGCACCUCCGAGGUCCGUCCAGAGCUUCUUCUCGCUACAUUUACCUGCGAAGCCUGCCGUACUGUAAUACCCAAUGUUGAACAAACAUUUAGAUAUACGGAACCUGCACAAUGCCCCAAUCUCACCUGUGGUAACCGUAGUGGGUGGAGAUUGGAGAUAAAGCAGAGUACAUUUAUAGAUUGGCAAAAAGUACGUGUGCAGGAGAAUUCCGGAGAGAUUCCCACGGGAAGUAUGCCUAGGACUCUAGAUAUUAUCUUGCGCGGAGAGAUUGUGGAGCGAGCGAAGGCCGGCGAGAAAUGCAUUUUCACUGGAACAUUAAUUGUAGUUCCGGAUGUGAGCAUGUUAGGCCUUCCGGGGCUGAAAGCUCAAAGUAUGAAGGAUGUGAAAAACGCGUCGAGAGGAGGCGCAGAGAGUACUGGUGUCACUGGUCUGAAAAGUUUAGGUGUCAGAGAUUUAACAUAUAGGCUGGCAUUCUUGGCAUGUAUGGUUACAAGUGAUACAAGCGGGGUUCCAGGUGCAAGAAUGAGAAAAAGUGAAGAGGAAGAGGAAGUCGCUGGGCUACUGAGGGGAACUCAGGCAGGAGUUGGUGAUGACGAGAGAGAGCAGGAGGACUUUUUGAACAGCUUAACACCGGCGGAGAUUGCCGAAUUAAAAGGGAUGGUACACAGUGAUCAUAUUUACUCAAGAUUGGUAAAUUCUCUGGCACCAACGGUGUAUGGACAUGAAAUCAUUAAAAAGGGUUUGCUCUUACAACUCAUGGGCGGUGUUCAUAAAAAGACACCAGAGGGUAUGAGUCUCCGUGGUGAUAUCAAUAUCUGUAUUGUCGGCGACCCUUCCACCAGCAAAUCGCAAUUUUUGAAAUAUAUUUGCUCUUUUCUCCCACGAGCAGUAUACACCUCUGGAAAGGCUUCCUCAGCGGCUGGUCUUACUGCCGCCGUCGUUAAAGACGAAGAAACCGGCGAAUUCACUAUCGAGGCCGGUGCACUCAUGCUUGCAGAUAAUGGUAUAUGUGCCAUUGAUGAAUUUGAUAAGAUGGAUAUCGUUGAUCAGGUUGCCAUUCACGAAGCUAUGGAGCAGCAGACAAUAUCUAUUGCAAAGGCAGGUAUUCAGGCAACUCUCAAUGCCAGAACAUCAAUUCUUGCUGCAGCAAAUCCUGUAGGAGGACGUUACAACCGGAAAACAACUCUGAGGAGUAAUAUCAACAUGUCCGCUCCUAUCAUGUCGCGUUUCGAUCUCUUCUUUGUCGUACUUGAUGAGUGUAAUGAAGCAGUAGACACGCACCUUGCUCGUCAUAUUGUUAACAUUCAUCGCAAUCGCGAUGCUGCCAUUACGCCGGAAUUUACAACUGAGCAGCUUCAACGAUAUAUCAAAUUUGCACGCACAUUCCGCCCAGUAUUCACAGAGGAAGCCAAGGUACUUCUUGUCGAGAAAUACAAACAACUUCGUGCAGAUGAUGCACAGGGUGGUGUCGGUCGUAACAGUUACCGCAUCACGGUACGUCAACUUGAAUCUCUCAUCCGUCUCUCUGAGGCCAUUGCGAAAGCAAAUUGUGUGGAGGACGUCACUGAGGCUUUCGUAAUUGAAGCUUUCGGUCUAUUGCGCCAGAGUAUCAUUCAUGUUGAGAAGGACGAUGUCGAGGUUGAUGAUGACGAAGACGAUGUACCAGUGGGAGAUUCUGAGAUGCAAAUGGAUGCGGAGGAAGAAAGCACAAGGGACCCCACCGCGACUCCAGGCCCAGCACCUUCUACAAGAGCUAGCCAACCUCCAAGGGAGAAGACAAAGAUUACCUACGAUCGUUACAUGCAAAUCCUCAAUCUAUUGGUUAGGAGGGUAAAUGAAGACGAACUUACGACUGGACAGGGUGUCGAAGAGGAGGAGUUAAUAACAUGGUAUCUAGAGCAGAGAGAAGAAGAAAUUAACGACGAGCAGGAAUUGGAGGAUGAGAAGGUACUAGUUAAAAAGGUUAUCAAGAGGAUGGUCAAGGACAACAUCCUCAUGCAAAUCCGUGGUGAAGGCCUCGUUGGUGAAACCGAAGAAGGAAGUAGCUCAGCUGGCGGUAGAACCGUGUUUGUCUUGCACCCUAACGUUGCAUUGGAGGAACUGGGACAGCCUACAAAUACCUCGACUGCGGGAGUUGAUGGAAAUUAA